CUAGCACCAAGACAGCCCUUGGUUGCAUUACCUGCAUCUGCCGAAGAUCGAUCAGUAGCUACCCAAACCAAAUUCGAAUCUAGCCUCGUUUUCUAUUUCCAAUUGAUUGGCAUCUACCAAACCAGCAGCACGCGAAAUGAAGCAAAAGAUUGUCAUCCAGUUGAGCAUGUCGUGCGACAAGAGCCGGUCGAAAGCACUGACGCUGGCCUCCAGAGCUGCCGGGGUGACGUCGAUGGGCAUAACCGGCGACGCGAGGGACCAGCUGGAGGUGGUCGGCGACGGCAUCGACCCGGUGUGCCUCGUCAGCUGCCUCCGCAAGAAGCUCGGUCACGCCCAAAUCAUCAAGGUGGAAGAAGUGAAGAAACCGGAGGAGAAGGAGGAGGAACCGAAGCCGGCCGUGCCGGUGAACCCGCCGCAGUACUACUACUCCCCGGCGCCGGCCGGCUACUACCACCACCACCAAUACCCGCCGCACAUGGUCGUCUGCGAGGAACAGCCUAGCAACUGCCGGACCAUGUAACUGCCAGAGAACGAUUUUGAUUUUUGACAUACUUUAGUUUUGUCAGCAACUAUAGUUGCAUACAUGUACUUAUAAAUUAAUUGGAGGAAGAAAUAAAUAUAUAUUGGUGG